GUCAAUAUCCCCUUGAGAAAGUUUAAUUCUCCUUCGAGGAUUGAGAUUUUUCCUGAGUAGCCUUCACAUAAAUCGUGCGAAAAGUAAUUCUGGGGAAGAAACAAAUCCCCAAUGAUGUCGAAGAGCUUCCUGAAUCGUAACAAUUGUGCAAGGAUUUUUCUCUUAUCGCCAUUAUCGUGCUCUCCGGCGCAUGCUUCUUCUCCUAAAAGCUUUUCCGUCGCCAAGUCGGGAAAGAUUCAGCCACUCAACCUGAAGAAGAAGAGGAGGUUGGAUGAGAUUUGCGUGGAAAGGUACCAGCAAUACAGCCGAACAAUUAUACAAUCGUGGAUAUUACAAGGCAAAGUGUUGGUAGAUGGCAGAGUAGUCAGCAAAGCYGGAACACCUGUUGGGGAUAAAGCUAAGGUUGAGAUUAUUGCUGAAAUUCCGAAAUAUGUAUGUAGAGCAGGAUUCAAGUUGGAAGCUGCCAUUGAACAGUUSGGGGUUGAUGUUGCUGGUAAAGUUGCUCUUGAUGCUGGGUUAUCCACUGGAGGAUUUACUGACUGUUUGCUUCAGCAUGGGGCUUCAUUUGUCUACGGAGUUGAUGUUGGCUAUGGGCAGGUUKCUGAUAAGAUUCGCCGAGAUGAAYGUGUYUGUGUGAUGGAAAGGACAAACUUAAGAUAYCUUGCUGGACUUCCUCAAAAAGUUGAUAUUGUUACUCUGGACCUUUCUUUCAUUUCUAUUCUCUUGGUCAUGCCUGCUGUCGUGAGUGUGAUGAAGGAAAUGUCAACAUUGGUUACUUUGGUGAAACCUCAAUUUGAAUGUCGCAGAUCACARGUAGGAGGUGGGGGAAUCGUGAGAGAUCCACUAGUUCACCAGGAGGUUGUUGAGAAGAUCAUAAAAGGUGUGGAGAAUUUUGGAUUCUGCAGCAGAGGUUGGAUUGAAUCACCAAUGAAGGGGGCUGAGGGUAAUACAGAAUUCUUGGCUUGCUUUGAGAGGACAACUGCAGUUUCAAGUGCAGAUGCAGAUUAAUUUGAAAUGGGAGUUUUUUUUUUAAUACUAACACAUUGGAAAUAUGGAGUUCGAACUUCUGACCUCAAAAGAAGAAAUAGGUGACAAUUACUGCUAAGUGAUGUCAGAGAAUAGAACCMACUUGUCCGGUAGAAACUCAACGUCUUUAAUGUCUCUUGUUUUUACAUUUUUUUUAAAGGUCUUAUUUAUUUGUGUAAUUCACACAUUGGCCUUCAUAGAAUGAUGUGUUAAUCUAGUUUUCAUUAUUGUAGUAAUAAUUUAUUGGAG